AUGGCGCAGAAUGGUAGUGACGCGGUAGAAGGAGUAGGGGAAGCAGCAUCAUCGUAUGAAGUUCAGCACGUACACUCAGUAUAUGAAGAAAUCGCAGCGCAUUUCUCAUCAACGCGGUAUAAGCCCUGGCCAAUAGUAGAGCGGUUUCUCAAGGAACAGCGGGAUGGGGCGAUUGGCGCAGAUGUAGGGUGUGGCAAUGGGAAGUAUCUGGGUGUAAAUAACAAGGUGUGGAUUGUGGGGAGUGAUCGAUCCACCAACCUCGUCAAAAUCGCAAGGCAACAUGAACCGCACGAUGUCGUAGUGGCAGAUAACUUGUCUCUACCGCAUCCCAGUGGUGUCUUUGAUUUUGCCAUUUCCAUUGCCGUUGUGCAUCAUCUGUCAACACCAGCACGGAGAGUCGAAGCUGUCAAGUGUGUUUUGGAUCUCUUGCAACGACCUUUGUCGGACCAUGCAGGUGAGACUAAGCCUGGCACAGCGGGAGGCAAGGCGCUCAUCUAUGUGUGGGCGCUGGAGCAGAAGGACAGCAGGCGUGGGUGGGACGAGGGGCAUGAGCAGGACGUCAUGGUGCCGUGGGUGCUGAAGCAGAAGAAGGAGAAAGAAGCAAAGCGGAAAAAGAACAAGGUUGAUGGAGACGGGAGCGAAGACCAGAAGAAAGUCGAGGGGGACAAGACGUUCUUGAGGUAUUAUCAUUUGUACCGGAAAGGCGAGCUUGAGAGUGAUAUCGAGCAGGCGGGCGGCGUUGUACUCGAGUCUGGGUACGAAAAGGACAACUGGUGGGCUAUUGCGAGGCCCGGAUGA